UCUGGUCCCAACACACGUCGGCUCCACCCGAUAAGUCGCCGUCGAUGUCAAUCUCGUCUCAGCAGCUGCGACCCAGUUUUUCAUCGACGACUGACUGGGCGGGGAAAAGGCGGUCGUCGUGUCGAAAAAGGACUGGCAAUUUCAGGAGAAUCCUUGAUAGGUAUUUGACGAGCAGCUCCCGCGCGGACGUGCGCAGAGCAUCUAUCUACAAUCUACACCACAUUACCUUGAUCCGCCAUCUUCUCUCACUUUGUCAAUUAUUUCCACUAUUUCUUGUCCUUCACCGUCACCUAUCCACAGCGAAUCGAAAAUUAGUCGAAGUUAGACAGUAGAAGCACUAACGACGUCAUCCCGCUCGCUGGAGCUUUUUUUAAACUCUGCUUCACAAACUACGCAAUCAAUCUGGAACCAUUGCCUGCCACACACACCACGUACAUAUUCAAGGCCUCGAGCCUGAGCGAAAUCCGUAGCCAUGACCACUCCCAUCAACGAACGGCCCGAGCCGACCUACGACAUGCACAGCAACACAUUCCUUCCCACCCAGCGCUCUUCGGAUGACGACGGCACCUUUGUUGGCGAAGAUAUAAGCCAGCAAGGCUCGAAUAACUUGCGACAGCCUCCGGUUUUGCACAACAGGUCGCGAUCAGGAACACAUCUGACUGUCGAGACGAUGCACGAUCCCCACGCUUUCGACAGUGUGCAGUCGCCGUCUCAGUCGCGGGAGGAGGCUAGCAGGCUCGACGAUGAAUUGACAGUGCUCCAGAUUGAGCAAGAAAUCUCUAAGAACGAAAGACUGCAACGGGGCGAGUCCGUGAGCCGCUCGAUGAACCGAGUGCGCUCUCGACGCGACGAUCUGAUAGACGACUUCGAUGCGGCUACGAAUCCACUACACGAACAAGCUGCCAAGUACAAGCCUCCGGAGAAUCCCAGCACCAAGUUUUCCGUCUUCAUCAAGAAGGUCCAUGGCUCGAGUUGGCUAGUGAGGUACUUCACAUACAUCACUCCUCUGGUUCUCAUAAUCCUCAUUCCCUUGUUGCUGGGCGCCUUUGUCUUCCCAAACGCCAACGUCGGUGGCGUGACACUCACCUGGUUCUGUAUCUGGCUGAUGAUUGUUUGGUUGACGCUCUGGGCUGGCAGACUCCUCGCAAAAGGCCUUCCCUGGCCAAUCGGCACAAUUGCCAGUCUUUUUACAAACAACAGCAAGAAGUGGAGAGACAUGGGCAAACAACUCGAGCUACCAGCAACCCUGUUCUUCUGGUGGCUGGCUAUCGAAAUCUCGUUCCUUCCUACCAUGAAAAACCACAAUAUUAAUCGCCGUGACAAGAGCACGCAACAUUGGCAGUCAAAGAUGAACCAAGUUCUUGUAGCUUUCCUCGUCGGAUUCAUCUUGAAUUUCGUCGAAAAGGUCAUCAUUCAACUCAUCGCAAUCAACUUCCAUCUCCGAACAUACCAAGACAGAAUCGACCUCAACAAGUUCCAGAUAGGAAGCCUUGCCAAGUUGUAUAAAUACUCCAAAGAAAAGAUCGCCAUGGAGGACUCCGAAUUCGAACAGAACGAUAUUCCAAGCGGCGCCCGCACUCCAGGUCAGCUCAUGACGGAGGCUCAAAAGAAUAUCAAACUCGGUCUCAAUCGAUUUGGAGAUGUGGCCGGAAAGAUUGCCGGAGACUUCACUGGACGCCAAGUCACGUCCAGCCGUCAUCCUAACCAGGUCGUCCUUUCCCUCAUUGCCAGCACUAGUGGUGCUCAAAUCCUUGCCCGUCGUUUGUAUCGGACUUUUUCGCGCCCAGAAACGGAGACCGUACACUCGGAAGACCUCAAAAACGCUUUCGAUAGUGAUGAUGAAGCAGAAGCAGCAUUCUCCAUGUUUGACAAGGACAUGAAUGGAGAUAUAUCCAUGGAAGAACUCGAGGCCGUCUGUGUCGAAAUUGGUCGAGAACGCAAAUCCAUCACGGCUUCGCUGAAGGAUUUGGACUCGGUCGUCAGCAAGCUUGACGAUGUAUUCAUGUUCAUUGUGUUCAUCAUCACCAUCAUCGUUUUCGUCUCCUUGAUCUCGUCCUCGGCUGCCGGGGUCAUCACGUCUGCGGGUUCGACCCUUCUGGCCUUGUCGUGGCUGUUCUCCGCCACCGCUCAAGAGUUCCUGCAAUCAUGCAUCUUCGUCUUCGUCAAACACCCUUACGAUGUCGGGGACCGUGUUCAGGUUUAUGGCAACACUGGUGAUCUGGGCAGGGGCGAUGAUUACUUCGUCAAGGAAAUCGCCCUCUUCUAUACCGAAUUCAAGAAGAUGCAAGGUCACGUUGUCCAGGCACCUAACAGUUACCUGAACACAUUGUUCAUCCUAAAUCACCGACGAUCUGGCGGUCUGGCCGAGGCCUUGCCUAUUAUCGUGAAAUUUGGAACGACGCUGGAACAGAUCAACCGUCUUCGUCAGACCCUUCUGGAAUUUGUCACAUCGGAGAAGCGUGAAUAUCAGUCCAACAUCUUGACAGAGUUGAGGGCAGUACAAGAGGUCCAUUGGCUGGAACUGAACGUUGUCUUUUUCUACAAGUCUAGUUGGCAAAACGAGUUGCUCCGUCUCCAGCGCCGCAACAAGUUCAUCUGCGCGCUGACGGUUGCCAUUCAAGAAUGUGGAAUCGAAGGACCUCGCAUGCGCUAUCCCGGACAGAAGGAGUCUUUCCCCGUCUAUCUUCAGAAUAUGCAGAAUCCUGCUACGGCAGGUGUAGGACGUAACGGCACCCCCGACAAUCCAGACGGGCACCUCAACGAUCAGCCGCGAGAUGCGCCAUUUGUACCAUCUCAGGGCGACGGUUCCACGGAGCUAUCACCUGGUGGUACCGCACCGGCUCGUCAUGCUUCCAUUCUUCGGCAGCCUGGUCGCUCUCGCGGAGAUUCCAUAGCAGCUAUGGGUCGUCGUGUCGACUUCUCACUCGGCAUGAAAUCGAUGGUGCUCAACGAUCCAAGCGGCGAUGUGCUGGACGAUCGAGAAGAUGCAGCUCGUCAACGAGCAACCGUCGUAAGAGUAACUUCUCCCUCACGAUCCACAGACCGCGCAAGGCCUUCGCACGACAGCGGCCUUUCCAGUUCGAUCCAGCGCGUCAACACAGACAGCAGUCAGCAGGCACGAGAGCGUGUCCACAAGAAUCGUUUCUUUGGACGCGGACGUCAUGGCGACGAGGAAACAGGCAUGGCGGAUAUCCCCGAGAGUGAGUCUCCCAAAGGCAAGGCUAAGCUUGAUCCUCGCUCUGGGCUAGUCAGCCCAAGGGCUAUGAGGAUGAGCAAUGAUGAUUUACGUGUUCCAUCAUCCUCUGGGGGGCUCCCGCGCACGUCAGACUCGGAGAUGCCUUUCGCUGCGCCAUCUCGGGCCCAGACUGAUAACUACGAGAUGAGGCGCUUCCACUAGACUUGCAUUUUUUCAACAUCUUUCCUUUCUAUAAGUAUUUUUCGUCGUUUAGCGGGUGUGGUCAGUCGAGCGGUUUGUGGUAACGUGCCAGUUUUUGAGCUGGCUUAAUGGCAGUCCGAAGGCAGUGCGCCAUGGUCCUUGCCCAUAGUAAUUUCCUUGUGCCAAUUCUUAGAAGAUUUCGUCUGCAUGUAAGCAUAUGUUGUUGAAAUUAGAUCGAACACUACCACUGCCAUCUGCACCUU